CGGGUGGUGGAGUGUCAGCUGCAGACUCACAACAGUAAGAUGGUGACCUUUAAGUUCGACCUGGACGGAGACAAUCCGGAGGACAUCGCCUCUGUGAUGACGCACAGAGACUUCAUCCUGCCGUCAGAGCGAGAAGGAUUCAUCCUCCGCAUGUACGACAUCAUCCAGAGGGCGGAGUCUAUGAUGCAUCAACAGCAGCCGGCCAACACUGACAGGUUAUCUCACCUGACCACCACAGAGGCCAUGCCAAACCUGCUGGCACAGGGCCUCUCCAGAACUCUGUCCUCAUCUUCACUUCCUGGUAAGAAAAUAAGGAAGGAGUGUGGAGGGAGAAGUGUUUUCCAAACACAAGAUAGUUUAGAGAUCAGUUUAUAAGUUUGGAUCAGAUGAUUUGAUAUGUGUCACACAGUUCACCAUCAGAUCCAAUAUGUUGAGAUAUUUUUAGUUGCUAAGAAGUUUUUAUUAACUAAAUUAAAAGGAAAACAUGUUUUUAAGUACUGAAUCAUAAAAG